AUGGAAGACCAGCUUGGAAAGGCCUUGGCGUCAAGAUUGAAUAAGCAACAGAUGGAGAAAAUGUUAUAUUUGAACGAAUACUUCCAACUUGGCCCGCUCCUCAACUUAGCCAGGGAAAGGCCGCUGCUCAUCUCGGGACUCGUUGAAACUUAUUGGCGUACACGCGCAGAACCCGUUUUGGAUUACGUUCCGGGUCUUUGGAUGAGAAUUGAUCUCUUCCGUCGGCUACAGGAUAACAUCAAACGGCAUGAGCUAUCCUUUGUACCAAGUAUGACAGUUUUCGCACUGUUCAUGGUUGCCCCAAUUGACGUGCUGCGAUCCCGACUUGAUAAUCUGGAGAGAAACGCUCAAGAGAAGAACACGGCUGAGGUCCAAGAGUUUAUUGAGCAGUGCCGUAACACUGUUGCUGUAAUACAGGAGUUUGUAAGCGCACAAGCGCGACAAGUCGGAGGUUCUGGUGAAGACAACUCGCACCUUUUGCACUCAAUGAAUCUUUGCAAGAAACGAGACAGGAGGAAAUGUAGCAUCUCCCGCAUGGAGAAUCCCGAAGCCGUUCCCAUCUUCCCCAAUACGAUUCAUUCUCCCAAUCUUUUAUCUAUGAUAGACACCUUUUGGGGUACUGAGACAGCUGCUCGUCUCUCUCCACUAAUUCGAGAUCCCGUUUUUUUGAAAUCCCCCCAAAAUAUGCUAUCCCUUAAUCGACAACUAAGUUGGUGGUAUCAGAGCGGGAGGAUUGCGUUCAAGCCGUUGCGCAAGACGAAUACCAACUCGCUUGUAAUCCAGUUCCACUGGCUAAAGAAAAGCAAACUGGAACCAGCACAACUCUUUACAGAUGAUAUGGACAUUUGGGAGGUGAUGGAGACGGAUGAAGCCAACGGCGAUUAUGAUGAUCAUUAUGGUGGUUAUGAGGAUAGUGAUGACGACUACCGCAAUGGUUGUCGCGAUGAAGGAUAUUAUGAUGAUCAGUAUGAUGGCGGUUAUGAUGGUGAUGAGAUGAAAUCACAGCCGGACAUGUACCGUGACAAGAACUAUGUUCAGCUGCGUCAUUGGGGACAAGGAGUCGAGGGACAAGGAGUCGAAGGACAGGAAGUCGAGGGAGAAAAGGACCUGGAGGAAAAUGACUUGGAAUGA